AUGUACACAUCGAAGGAACACCAGUCCUACGAGAUGGAGCAGCAACAGCAACAGGUAUCGCCGCAGGGAGGCGAGGUUACUGAGGAGAGGGUAGAAGUGGUGACGCCUAGUGACAACAACAACAACGGCGUCCGAGGCUCACUUGGCUCGCUGGGUGGUCCUCGCAUGGUCGCCGGCGACAUGCUCUAUGACGGCCAUGGCAGCCUGUCCGCUGUUCCAGUGUCCGCUCUAACUGCUGCACAAGCCGCCGCAGUUCAACAACAGCAGGCGAUUGCUGCAGCUGCCAACUACAGAUACAUGACCCUACCUAGCCACCAGCAAAUAGCCAAUCAUACCCAAGUGAUUCCCGCGGCUGAAUAUGUCUACACAAGUGGUAGUCCCGUGGGCAAUCACAUAGUGAGCAGUCAGCCACUACUCCCCGCCACUCAUACUCAGCCUCUUAUCUACGCCACGACUACUACAACGCAGCACCAGCAGACCCAACAAGUGUACGAUCGGUGCCCCGCCAUCUGCAGUCUUUUCGCAAUCUUUUGUUGUCCCAUCACGUGUUGGUGCUCCCUACCCGCUCUCGCCUACUCUCUCUGCGCGUACACCGACUAUAGGGCGAACGAUAUGCACGCGUAUCGCAGCAAGUCUGACAUAGCAAGGCGCUGCGUCAUCAUUGCCUGCAUUAUAGGCCUCAUCCUCUGCAUCAUUUGGGCCAUCCUCACCUUCCUCUAUUAUGGCGAGAUGCUCUUACUGCUAGGAGACAUAAUCAAAGCCGUGCAAAGACACAUUUGGUCGGGUAACUAA